UUACUCUGUGGGCGUUUACUGACCUUUGACCUCUGUGGGAGUGACCAAUAACCAGCCUCUGCUCUGCUCCUCAAACUGAGUCUGUUUAAUUAUUAUCUAAGUGAAGUGAGUUCAGGCUAAACUUGGUUUCUACUGCAGAAACAGCAGGUCCCAGCUGAAAACGGAGCCCGGAUGAGUCAUCUCCGCUACGUCAGGUGUGUAAAGAAACUGUGGGCUCUAGCACAAAGGUUGUGGGUUUUUAAAACCACAGCACAACGACACCAGAAGGUGAUGGAGGAGGAGAAACCUUGGGCUCUGAUCUCAGAGGUGGGAGGAGACGGGCUCCUCGAGGACGUCACCGACGUCCUGACGCGACACUUCCACAUCAUCAGCCACAGAGACUUCCUGCAGAACCCCCGGCUGCACGGUCCCAGGAUCCGGGCCGUGUUCCAGUGGAACGCGCAACCCGUCGCCGAGCCGGCGCUGCUCGCUCUGCUCCCGUCGCUGAAGGUGGUCGCCAACGGGGGGGUGGGCGUGGACCACCUGGACGUGGGGUACAUCAACAGCGUGGGGGUGAAGGUGACCAACACGCCGGCAGUGGUGAGCAGCGCCACCGCAGACAUGGCCAUGGGUCUGCUCCUGGCGUCGGCCCGGAGGAUCGUUGAAGGUCACCAGGUCGCCGUUGACCCCAAAGCCGCCGCGCCGAUAGCCAAUAAUCUGCUGGGAGUUGAGGUCACAGGCUCCACUCUGGGAAUCAUCGGAAUGGGAGACAUCGGAUACAAGAUCGCUCAGAGGAGUAAAGGGUUUGACAUGAAGAUCCUCUAUCACAACAGGAAGCGACGGAGUGUCGAGGACGAGCGGGCGGUGGGAGCGACCUACUGCCCCAACGUGGACGAGCUGCUCCAAGGGUCCGACUUCGUCAUGGUGGCGGUGAACCUGACGCCGGAGACCACGGGCCUGAUCGGCCACCGAGAGCUGUUGCUCAUGAAGCCCACGGCAACGCUGGUCAACGUCAGCAGAGGGCUGGUGGUGGACCAGGACGCGUUGGUUAAAGCCCUGCUGUGUGGGAGCAUCCGGGCCGCGGCUUUGGACGUGACUCACCCUGAACCGCUACCAAGGGAUCAUCCUCUUCUCAGCCUCCCUAAUGUGCUGAUCACACCCCACGUCGGCACCCACACCUACGCCACAACACGACGCAUGGUCCAGAUGAUGGCGGACAGCGCUCUGGCUGUGAUACAGGGCCAAGUGGUUCCCAAUGAAGUCACAGCAAAAUAAUAUCUGCCUUCAUGUAGAGUUAUGUUGGUAUUUUGAGACAAUGUUUGCUUAGAAUUGCUGUAAGAAAAAACUCUUACAUAUCAAGAAUGAAUUUAAAAUGACGUUUAACCUAAAAUAAGAUAAGUAAUAAAGCUACUUCAAACUUUC